UCACAGUGUGACAGACAAGCCAGUCAUCCACGCGACAGCCGAGAGCCGCUGCGACGUGAAGGCGGCAACAAUGUCGACUUUUUUAGUCCCAUUUUCAGUCCACGUUGAGUGGCGGGACUCGAACGUGUGUGGAGGCUGAGGUGAUGUGCAACAAGUGACUGACUGAAGGAGCAAGUGUGUGCAACUCCUCAAGACACCCAAAACAACCCGCUACGAUGUCGCUGCUGUGUGUCAGAGUGAAGAAAGCGAAGCUUCACGGGCCUCCAGAUAAGUUCAACGCCUACGUGACACUCAAGGUUCAGAAUGUGAAGAGUACGACCAUCGCGGUACGCGGCAACCAGCCGUGCUGGGAGCAAGACUUCAUGUUUGAGAUACGUCAUCAGAAUUCCCCCCUGGUGGCAGAAUUGUGGAACAAGGGUUUGAUUUGGGACACGUUGAUAGGCACGGCGCUCCUACCGCUUGAUGCCAUUCACCAGUCUAACGAGGAGGGUCCUGGCGAGUGGACUUGUCUGAGCUCAGAGGUUCUGAUGAGGGCAGACGAGAUCUUCGGCACCGCCAAGCCAACUCCACACCGAGUGCUGCUGGACGCACGCUUCGAAAUUCCUUUCGACAUUCCAGAGGACGAAGCCCAAUAUUGGACCCGCAAACUGGAUCGCAUUAACAACAUGAACCUUGACGAGCAGGACUAUCCGCCUCCUGACAACCCCAUUGACAGGGGACGGAUGGCGUCCGCGCCUUCGCCGUGCUGCAACUGGACUUAUUUUGGAUGGACUGACCAGCAAACUUUCGACGACCACGACAGCGUGAUGGAUGACCAUGACAGUGAAGCGGGCGUCCGAGCACUGCCGCCGCGCUACCACAAUGUCUCGCAGAUCAACUCGUCGGCCCACCAGUACCCUAUCCCAGGCCGGGUGCAGCGCCAGCGGGACUCGGACUCUGUGCACAGCUUUGAGAUUGACUACCCAAACCUUCGGGGUUCCAGGCGGUCAAGCAGCAGGCACAGUGUAAGAAUAGUCCCGGUGGACUCAGGCAUGGGCGUAGAGGACUGGGAGGGCCAGUAUAAAGUGCCCGACUCAGGAGUCCUGGAUGACGAUUUGGAUCAGGAGCAGAAGAUGUGGGAGGACGAGGACGAGAGCAUCAUCUAUCGCCUCACAGAUACACCAGCAGCGCAUGAGUCCAGAGGCAGCAGAUUCUACCAGACAGUGGAGUGCAAUGCGCUCUCGCCCGAAGACUGCGAGGUGCAGCGCCGACCACAAAGUUUCGACACUGGAGACAUCCGGUUGGUUUACCGGGAAGCCGGCAGCUUUGAAGACGAGUUGUCACCUCCAGAGAUCGACAUCAUCCCGUCCAUCAAACGCCACCACCAGCAUGUGGACCGGGAAGGUCUGCUCUUUAAGACCAGGUUGUGGGCCAAGACUGCAUUGGAGGACAGCUACGCAGCGUUCCGUGAGGAGGAGGCAUCCCGAGAAGUGGCCAGGAUCAGGAGUGAAUUUGGAUCUGUGGGUUCUGACGAAAUGCAAUACUCCUUCGGAUCAGAUGAGGAACUUGAAGACCUGAUGCUCAGCGAGACGGAUGUCACAUACGAGUAUGACUCGUACCAAUAUCCAAGCGGGUAUGCGCCCCACUUUGGAGGGUUCACAAUGGCACCAGACCCGAGCAUGUUGCCCGAGGAUGAGUUGUGUGAGGACUACAUUGACCCGAUGGAUGAGCUCAAAUGCUUGGUUGACUCCGUUUCGCAGUACUUGGCCGUGAAAGAGGAGGAGCUCAUCAGCUAUGAAUCACAGCAGAAACCGGUGAGGCGAAAACUUCCGUCACUGCCAGUUGUGCCACCCGAGGAAAGUAAAAGCAAAGACGUCAAAGCCGAGGAUGUCAAAGCCGAGAACGUUGCAGGCGUUAAAAAUGUCAUGACGUCAUUGUUCAAUACAAUUACAGGAUCCAAAACCACAACUGAAGCCCAAACCACAACUGAAGCCCAAACCACAACUGAAGCAGAGGCUUCACAGCUUCCCAAGGCUCCCGCUGCUGAAGGUGGUAUCUUCAAAUUGCUAUCCAUGAUUCCAAAAAGUAGCCCUGAAGCCACGGAAACCUCCGGGGCGUUGCCCGCAGACCCACUGUCCUCUAAGGUUUUCCCCCAGGCUGAGUCUGGCAUCUCCAAGCUGCUUUCUUUCAUUCCCAAAAGCGGCGGUACGUCCCCGCCUGUGGCCAUCGUUCCCCCCGCUUCCCAGGAGCCCACCACCGAGAAGAAGUUUUCCCUGCAGUCUCUCAUCCCUUUCCAAUCAUCAGACUCCUCUCAGCAAGCUGAAGCUAGCCAGACCCAUACAAGUACAGAGGCCCAAAGUAUUAACCAGACCACUUCUGGUUUAGAAUCUGUGCUAGGGAGACUUAGUCCAAUGAGGCUGUUUUCCAGCACACCACCAUCAAGAGAACCAUCACCAUCCAGAGAGUCUUCUCCUCAAGCAUUAGAACAACAAAGUACAUCAGCUGCCGGCAAUGACCGUGCAACCCCAGUCCCAAGUCCUAACAAUGGUUCAGAAACACAACCAAGAUCUAAUUCUGGGAGUGGAUCCAUUGAGCUAUUUCCAGACACAGGAAGUGGAUCAGUAGAGCUUCUUCCAGAGACAGAAUCAUCUGGUGAGUUAGCGGAUAUUGUGCAAACAACUCCCAUGUUAUCAGAGCCAAAACCUGAACCCGCCCCGGAAGAAACAGGCUUGUUCAGUCCUUUUAGGAAAUCUCUCGCCAAUUUGAUAUCCACUAAUUCUUCUGAUAGCUCCGCAACAAACCCCAAACCAGCAGAGGAAUCUUUUUUAAGCGGCAAACUCAAGAUCCCGUUCUUCUCCGCAGAAGAUCCUCCCAUCACAAGCCAAGCAAAACCCGAAGGAGGGGUUCUCUCUGGGUUUCUUAAGUUUGCCACCGGGGAGGACACCAGUGUGCAGCCAAAGAGUCCAUCCCCUAAUCCCGCGAGAACUCCCUCACCGAUCCGCGCGGCACUGCUUGAAAGCGCCCCAAAAGGAAACACUGAAACAGGCUGGUUUUCAAAUCUGUUCAAAGUGACUCAAAGUGAACCGGCAAAGGAACCUGCAAAAUCUCCGGUGACUCCCAGUGUGACACUCACCAAACCUAGUGGCCUAACAGAACCACACACUGAGCAAUCAGAGGAUUCUGCUAGUAGGAUAGAAACAUUGCUGGACAACAAUCGCCAGAGUCAGACUGAUCUCCAAACUAAGGAUCAUCUAGAAUCACGACCAGAAACUCCACAGCCUCAAGGGUUUUUGUCUGGGUUGUUGAAACUCGGCCCUACGGAGGAGUCUAAACAGACCCGAGGAGGGGAAAGUCAGCCUCAACAGGGUGGGCUCUUUUCAGGGAUAUUUUCCUCACCAUCUCCACCUUCACCUCAGACGCAGAACCCUGUGUCUCAACCAUCGGCAGGACUCUUAUCUGGAUUCUUAAAAUUUGCCUCUGAUAAUAUGUCGGCCCCGACAAAUCAGCCACCGGCAAGAGAGCCACAAAGCCAGUCUAGCCAAGUACUUGGUCAAGGACAAGCUGCAGGUGUGCAACCCCCAAUUGGUGGACGGUUGUCUGGCCUGUUAAAAAGACCCACAGAUUCUUCUGUUACUCAGCCUAGUCAGGAAGUGAAAACAGAUGUGGCAAAUGAAAUAACUAAAAUGAAUAAAAAUGAUGAAAACUUUUCUCAAGGGACACCUGAGUCUCUGGGUUCAUCAGGAGAAAUCAAAAUAGGUUCAUUGGAAAGUUCUACCCCUGACAAGCUGGACCAGCAAAGAGAAGUUGCCUCAGAUCAUCAACAAAAACCACCAGCAAAAUCCACAGCGGCAACACUACAGCCACUGAAAGGAACCUCACCAACCCAGGCUGCGCACUCAGCAAAUUUGUUGUCUGGGCUUUUUAAAAAGACUGUAGAACCUCCCACUGCAUCACCUCAACCACAGCUAGCAACUCCUCAACAAGGAAGCUUCCUCUCUGGCCUUUUUGGACUUGGGAGCCAAGACCCAGCCCCUGAAAAUUCACAGAAUCAGCAGCAAAGUGGCACACUGGGACGGCAACCGUCUCACCAACCAGGCGUCAGACCGAACUUACACAGGCAAAACCAACUUCCCCCACAGCAGCCCCCAAGCAGUCCUGCAGGGAUGCUCACUGGAUUUUUGAACAAAAUUGCAGAUGUGGGAACUCUGCCGACUGCCGCUCCGUCGGGUACUCAACAAACUCAUCAAAAAACACAAACAACUAGUCCUAAAACAACCCAGCAACCUUCUAAUCAACAAGGUUUCUUGUCUGGACUCUUUUCAUCAAGUCCUCCUACUCAAGUUCAGCAGGAGCAGCAACCACCUGUGUGUCCUUCAAACAGACAACCACUGCGAAGGCAAAGACAGAUACCCCAACAACAAUCUGCAGCCCCAGUGGCAGAGCCGCAACAAGGUGGUGUGUUGUCAGGGCUGUUCAGUAAAUUUACCGCCGAAAACGCACCACAACAACCGACCCCGCAGGGGGUGCUUCAACCAGGCGCUAAAACAAACACUGCUGCAUCUCAGCAAACUACAGGUCCAGCUGGUAACCAGGGAGGAUUCCUGUCUGGGCUGUUAAGUCAAACUGCAUCUCCGCAGCAGCAACCGUUGAGUAAAAAUGUUCAACCUGCCGCAUCAGAACAACCCAAUCAAAGUGGAGGCUUACUCUCCGGCUUUCUGAAGCUUGCAUCUGGUGAGAAUGCAGCUCAGGAACAUCAUGCACCCAAAACUGAGGGCAGUCAACCCAGCCAACGUACAACCAAAUCUGAAUCGAGUGGCAUAUUUUCUGGCCUGCUCAACAAAAUUUCAGCUAAUGUGGAGCAAACACCAACUGUGUCUGACCAGGCAAACCGUAAAACGAUUCAGCAGCAGCAGCCACUGCGCGGGGGACAAGGACAUCCUCAAAUUCAGAGAACAAAACCAGUGGAAAUGCAUUCCGCACCUGAUGUGGUGGGAGAGGACUCAAAAGAUCAAAAGGGCUUCCUUCUAGGUCUGUUCAGUGCCACAGAGGAGUCCUCCUCAAAAACCUCCAUCCUCAUAAAGGGUGAAUCAAAACCACCUAAUACGAUUAGCACGUCCCCUGGUCUGUUGUCAAGCAUUUUUAAAACCGGCCCCAGUGAAAAGAGUGUUUCUGCCCAUGAAAAGGAACAAGGAAAAGUCCUUCCUAACCCUUUGUUGCCCAAGACUAAGGAGGAUACACCUUUAAGCACAGUAACAGUCACAUCUUCUUCUGUUACCGUUUCAGUGGGUCUCAACCCCUCAGAAGAACUCCCGCCGCAGGUUCCCACGGUCACCCCCACCCAGCGAUACCUUGAGGAAAUUCAGCGUCUUUUGUACGGGACAGCAGGAGAGUAUGGCUACAAGGAUCUUUUGUAUAACUUCACAGAGCAUGGCGUAAUUCCACCUGAGCUCUACGAGCACCAGUGUCUCAUUGAGGCGCUCCUGUGGCAGCAGCUCAAUGACUAUGCACUCGCCGAGGCUCUUGCCUCUCAUGCCUCUCAUGAAGGCUACCGGGAAUGCCAAGCACCUUUGACAGCUGCAGGCAGAGCGCCCCAGUGUGACAGCCACCCAUGGCUUAGUCCUCAAGAAAUGGAUAUUAGUCAGUUUAAUGUACCGUCACAUCCAUGGAAGGAUCCUGUCGCCCAACUUUUUGAGACCAGAAACCGCUUCCUGGAACCGGAUGAAGACCUAGUUUUGUUCGACAUGAGCUGCAGGGAAAAGAUGCCGUGGACCAGCUGUGACCACUUGGACGAAUUUGUCAGGCAGCGCCAACCCUGGAUUACACAGGGUGGGGGUCUAAAUCUGUCUAGUGAAAAGUCAAAAAACAGACUAAACCGAUGUCAGUCCCUCACAGAGUUCAACUAUGUAGCGGAGAAGGCAGCAACAUUAACAGAUGUGACAGUCGCCGACUUUAGUUUGAAAUCAGCUACAGACUUUUUAAAACAACUGGCCACCAAAAAAGGUCCGGUGGAUCUAUCUCGUGGCGUCAUGGAUUUAAGCAGAUCAGCCGUGAGCUCGGGGCUCACAGAUGACGAAAUGCUUUUUGGGGACUCAGAAUGGUACCAACAGUGGCUGUCACUACUGGAACAAGGGCUCUGGUGGCCAGCAGAAGCUGGGGACUGCGGAUAUUACGUGUACACCAAUGGAGAAUUCAUUUUUUCUCUUUUAACCGACAGAGCUGGUCGACACCUUUAUGCUUGCGCCGCGCCAGACGACCUACAGACACUCAGUAACAUUACAGAAAACAUUGCAGACAUUCUGACCCAGAAAGACCAGGAAAAAGUAACCUUGUGUGGAUUUAAAAUCCCACUCUGCACGGAAGAAACAGCUCCUUGGUUUCCAGAGCAACUGAACACCAAAUUGUGGCACCCAGAUGGUCCACAGGAUCUCACCUCAGCCCUAUGUAAAGGCGAGAAAAUCAUGAACAUGAACUUGGAAAGUUUCUCUCAGAUGUUUCAGGAGUCCCUGUGUUCACAAUUAGAAUCCCCCGUGGACUUCACGCUGUAUAAACUCAAAAAGGUCACGGUAGGAGCGGCAGAAAACCUUGACAGCCACUGCAACCCUCCAUUGGAAGCCGCCGAUCUGACACUAAACUCUUUUAAAGCAGCUCACGGACAACCAUACUGGAUGAAUCAAGCUGUGAAAGAUGUGCCUACAUCCCCAGAUCCACCUUCCCUGAGGUCCUUCCUGCCAACAACACCCAAGAAACAUCACCAAAUCCCUGAAAUUAAGAUUGGACAUGUGGGUGAUGUACCUGUGGACCAAUCUCAACAAAUAAACCGAUCUGUCAUUUCAAGAGGAAACCUUUCCAAGUCAAAUGCUGAUCUGAAUCAGUCUCAUCCACUUCCACCCACCACAACUCAGUUACCUAGUAAGCACUCCUCAAAUGUCACCAGGACCCUUCCCCAGACUUCAUCAGCAUCAAAGAUACCUGAACUGAUGCAAAGGAAACUCCCCUCUUCAGCUCCUUUGUCACCAACAGCUUCAGUUAGUUCGACCACCGUGUCUUCUUCUCUGAGACCUCGACUAGAAAGGCAGCAAUCUCAGGCAGACAAACCCAGAUUAUCACUGCAAUCAACAAAGACUGCGGUCUCUGGCCCUGACAAUGUCAGCAAAAUCCUCUCCGCAGAUGCUCCAGCUCCCAUUCUGAAAGGUUCCUGCAAAGGAGCACCGCAGUUACACAUUCUGAAUCCCUGCACAAAUGAUGAAUCCAAACUUUACAACAGAAACCGUUACAUCGGCUCAUCGACUGGCCCUAGGUCGGGUAAGAAAGUUUUGGACUUUUCCACCGCGGGCAAAAACAACAAGCUUUCAACUGAAAAACAUCUCCAAACGAAAGCAUUGAAGCAAAAAAUGGAGGUGGUUGACUUUUCCACACGCAAAUUGAAACGAUCCAAGGAAUCAGAGGAAGAUGUGGUCUUGACUGACAAGGUGGCUGUCAAUCUUACCAAACAGAGGGAGGAAGAGGAAAAAGAGGUGGAGUGCCAUUUUGCAGAAACUGCAACUAUUUCAGGACCCCCGCAGACCUCCUCCGCACCAGCUGAUUUACGUUGUACACGUGGAGUGCGAUCAUCCAGUCAUCAGAUGCAUGACCGAAGUCUCUCUAAGUCCAAAAGUACCGCUAUCCCUGCGGAUGCACAUCAUUACAUUACAUCAUCUCCUAGGAAAGAGUCAAAUCAAGUGGACUCUGUCACCCUGGCAGCAAAGCCGAACUCAAUACAGUCCGUAGCAGACUCUCCUCAGAUGAGUCCGAUUCCGAUGCAAGUCUACAUUGAAAAACAGCAACCAAAUUAUGCUUUAAAUGCGCAUUUGGAACCACACACAUCCUUAAUUAGUGACUGGUCAUCACAGCAGUCUUGUGUCGAUAACAGAACAACCUUUACAUCCACUAACCACCCAUCUCGUGAAAACCAGGAGAUUACCACACCGGCAAACUUGUUUAAAGCUGUACUAGAUAUGUCACCAAAGACCACAGCCCAGCCAAAGUUGCAAAGUAAAGAGACAAAUCAAGUGGGAUGUUCCACACCGACUGGAUCAAUACCAUCUGCCUCAUCUUUUCAAAUGAGCCCCAUUCCAAAGCAAGUCCACAUUGGGGAACGGCAACAGAAUUACGCUUUUAAAGUUCAGACGCAACCAUGUGGAACCUUAGUUGCAGAUUGUUUGGCUCAUCAGACUCACAUUGACAGCAGAAGAGCAUCUUUUACAUCCGCUUCAAGUCAGUCUCUUGAAAACCAACCCACUGUGCCAGCAAACUCUGCCAAAGCCGUACAAGACAUGUCUGUUAAUACAGGAAAACCCCCACCAAAAGGACACAAAAGUCUAUCAAAACACCAUGAGCUGAUCAGUGAAGCACUUGCACUGACAAAGAGAAAAUCUGUCAGUCUGGAACGAAAACACCCAAGUGCAACUCAUCAGGACUCUCUUGACCUAUCAUAUAGAGAAGUACCAGAGGUCUUGGGAGAUCCUCUCGCUAUUGAUUCUCAUGAAAACCAUCAAAAACAAUCGACUAGAAGAGAGGAUAUUCAAAGAGCCCGUGACAGGGUCCUCUUACAGCCCCGGCGUUCUUUCGAUCAAUCCCCUGACCAAGCCUCGGCACCUGCCAAUUCUAUCAAGGCUGUGCUUGACAUGUCUUCGAAACCAACUAUGAAAACUUUGGUACCAGACAUGAGAACGGAUGACUUUCUGACUAAAGGAAUUCCCUUAACCAAAGGAAAUCCGAUCAACCGCCAAAGGGCACGAAACAAUUCUGUUGGCGUUGCACUUAUAAAAGACCUUCCCUCUCAAGAAUCCUUUGAGUGGAUUCAGUGUCUGGAACGACAGAGCACAGUUUCCCUCCCACCCCAGUUAAAGUAUUCAGAUGCUGUAUCAUUAGCUGUGCCCCACACAUCCGCUUCCGUAAUUAUCACCAGGGGAGGUCCAUUGGAUAUGUCACCGAAGCCGCCCAAGAACGUAACAAUAAAAGCUACGGAGUCUUCAUUCGGGCUUCAUGAAGCUGUUUCACUCAUUAAUAAGCCAAGUGCACGAGCAAUGGCUAGGAAAGACUCCGUUGGCCUCCCACUCAUAGUGGAACUAGGAUCUACAUACCAUGAGAUACCUUCAGCCGAAUCUCAACAAAGAAGGGUCUCUCUGACUGGACUCAACACAAUAGAGACCCACCACAUGCAGAUAUCGAACUGCCAUACCAAUGAGCGUUUGUCCUCCAUGUACAAGCAAGUGCAGCAAGCAAAUAAACUAGUGGACUUCUCUGCAAAAGACAGCAUAAACACAACACAUAUUUCCAGUAUUUACACCGAACGAGAAGAUGGACUGCCCAUAAAUUUCAUGAACUUCAAUCCAAGGAAAGAAUCUUUAGAAAUAGAACAAACUGGUGGGCAAAUCAAAAAGAAGCUACCGCAAGGUUUAGUGGACCUGACUAUGGCUCCUCAAAGUAAGACCACAAAUAGUCAGAGUGUGAGCGAUCUUUCUGCACUUGCUUUGUAUCAAAGCUGCCAAUACCAGCAACAGGAGUACAGAACAGCCCACAUCCCUCAACAAAUCUUUAAACACUCACCCUAUGAUCACAAUACUCAACCAGGUAUGACUGACCUUUCAGGAACACAGCUUCACUUUGCACCAAAAUCCAGUAUUCAACCAAAACUCGACGACAUGUAUCCUCCGGCCAAGACAGUUGAAAGAUUUAAAGCCAAGAAACUUGACCAAAUAGAUCCAAACAUAACCCAAAUCAGUCUUGAAGGCCACGGGACACGUGUAGAUUCAGUUACUCCACUAUCAAUGGUAAGAAUGUCGCAAAGACAAGAACCAAGUGUUCCGGUGAAACCCCAAAUUCUCAACAAGCAGCUGACUGCGGCUACUUCGGAGGAAAGCACCUCGCAAAGAGUCACAGUAAGUCAUCAAAUGCCAUCAGUUCCCCAGAAACAUGUUCCUGAAACUAUCAAGACCUCUCAACCUUUGAAUUGUCAAUCAUCCCCUGUGUCCAUUGUUAUUCAAGAAUCUGGAAAACCAACACUCGAUAGUUCAUUGAACUCUGUGGAUACUCUACCUGUGGGGUCAAUCACGCCCCCCGAAUUAUCAAAACAGCCUGACUCGAGACGAUACCCUUUCAGUGUGGACCAAAGUCAUAUACCAAAUGCACUUUCAAUUUCUACCAGUUCUACUCAGCAUGCACCAGAAUUAACAGCACUUAUCUCACAACCAACGGCCUCAAAACAAGAGCCUUUAAAGCAAACAAGGGAACAAAGUUUUAGACCUGAUCUCCAAACAGGCGAACAAGUUAUUAGACCGGAACUACAAAGACAGGAAGCAAUGCCUUCACCCCAGUCAAAAUCCUCUUGUGUCAAGGGAUUGGUUUCAUUGUUUAAUGGUCAAGGUUCCCAGCUUCCUGUCAGUGGAAAACCAGCAGAAGUGACACCCCACCCCACUAUAACCGGCUCUACGCUUGUGGACCAGAAGUCUCAGAUUACCACGCAGAAUGUUUAUGGUGGGCAUGUUGCACGUUCUCCUGAUGCGAGUCUGUCGUCAGUAGUUAGUAGGUUAUCAUCUGAGCCUGCAACACCGCGGAAAGACUGGCCUCCUCGACCAUCACUCACUUCUGAAUCACAUCGCAAAGUUGACAUUUUCACAUCCAAAGGCUUGAUCACUCAAGGAUCCGUGACAUCACUAUCCACCGUCACAGUUCAGCUAGCCCAAAAAACCUCAAUAUCAAGGUUGAAUCUUGAAUCAGAAUCUUCAUCAUACGAACCAGGCAACACCGCACCUUCCAAAGUCACCCUCAAUAGAGACACUCCAUUGGAACCCUUGCUUAAAUUGUCUGAGGAAUCAUCUGAAGCCAUGCCAGAAGAACACAACACAAAGUCCCUUCAUCAAAGCACUGGAUGUGACCAAUUGCAGGAUAAAAUGAGCCUGCCCAGAGCAAUCUACAUUGGCAUUAAUGCCCCAGACAUGUCACCUGUUGAUAAACAGAUGGAUCCAAGCGAGCCAAUACAAUAUGUUAGACUUCCCCACAUAUUUGUCUCAGCUGCAAGUUCACCCGAAGAAGAGUCGACUGAAGACGAUUCCAAAGAAGUCUGCGCUGAUGAAGGAACCACUGCAGCUUCUGUAACCCCCUCAGAGCUUCUGAAGGAUUCUGAACCUGCUGAUGAAGAUAAGAUUGAUGGCGUUACAGAUGUCGUUAGCACAGAGAACACUCCUUGCUUUUCCGACAGGUUACCUCAGACGACAACAAAUGAUAUGGAUGCAGUUGACCAGAGCCAAGAAAAGGAACCUUCCUUCACGGAAGCCUUCAUUUCAGAAGCUGAUCUCAAAGCAGAGAGCCAUGCCGUUUGUAAACCACCUGUUGACAAACCAAUCGCACAACCAGAACCAGAUAAACCACCAAGUAGCCUGACACCAUCAGCCCAGGAAGCAGAAAAAAGUGCAGAAUCUUCUGUUGAGGACAAGAGAACAACUUCAGAAAUUGUAUCACCUGAUGACGAGUCUCUCAAUAAACUGACUGAACCAAUGUCGGACAUAAAACCCUCUGAAGUCAUCCAACAACUUGAUGACAAGCCGGCAAACGAUACCUCUUUUCCUGCUUCUGAAUUCAGUUCUGUCAAAGAAGCUCCCAAGGAAGAUGGUUCAGCAGGCUCGCUUGUUCAACCGCCCAAUGAACAACAAGGUAAGGGUUUGUGUUCCAUGUCUGGGAGCUCUCCUCUAAGCCCAGAACAGAAUGAUGGACUGUCAAUACUUGGAGGCAUUCUCCCUGCUUCAGCUACCAAAGAUACAGCUGGUGCUGGUUUACUCUCAAAGUUUGGUGGCUCAAGUGACCCAGUGUCCCCCGAAACCAAAGGACAAUUACCCCAGUCAACUCCACAAGAGCAACCAGGAAAAGGUCUGCUCUCAAUGUUUGGUGGGUCACAUCUCGCAUCUUCUGAAACCAAAGGACCAUCGCCAUCUUCAACCUCACAAGAACCACAAGGAAAAGGUUUAUCCUCCGUGUUUGGUGGGUCAACUGCCCCAGCAUCCCUUGAAAUAAAAGAACCCUUACCUCAGUCAACCCCACAUGAGCCACUAGGAAAAGGACUCCUCUCAAUGUUUGGUGUGUCAAAUGUCCCAGUGUCCACUGGAACAAAGGGAGCGCCGCCUUCUUCAACUCCACAAGAACCACGGGGAAAAGGUUUACUGUCAAUGUUUGGUGGGUCAAACAUCCCAGCAUCCCUUGGAACCAAAGGACCACCACCUGCUUCAACCCCACAAGAAACACAAGGGAAAACGUUACUUUCCAUGUUUGGAGGGUCAAAUGUACCAGCGUCUCCUGGAACCAAAUCACCAUCUCCUUCUUCAGCCGAACAAGAAUCGCAAGGAAAAGCUUUGUUCUCAAUGUUUGGUGCCUCCAAUAGUAAUCCACCAGCCGGGCCAAGAGGCCCAACUGCUGGAAGUGUGCCACCAAGAGGUCCUCCACCUAAAGAACCUCCAGGAAAAACCUUGUUUUCCAUGUUUGGCGGACCUGUGUCCCAGCAGGGGCCAAGUCCAAGAGGUCCUCCUCCAGCUAGUGCUGGAUCUUCUUUAUUCGGCGGCAUUCUACAAAGUUCUUUGAAUAAGGAGAGCCCAGGAACGGGGCUGUUCUCCAAAUUUGGAGGCCCCACAUCCCCCGUUCAGAGUGGUCCAAGAAUGCCUGCAGAAGGACAAGCAGCACCAACAGGACUCAGAGCUUCAGAGUCCCCUGGGAAAGGACUGUUCUCGAUGUUUGGUGGCCAAAAUCAGCAGAAUCAGACACCUGAAUCAGAGAGUACUUUCAAAGUUUCUUCUGUGUUCUCUCUUGGAGGCAGUUCUGACGGAAACAAAGCCAAAACUGGCUUUGGGAUGUUUGGAAUGUCUUUCGCGGAGGAGUCCAAAAAAGAGCCACAAUCAAUUGUUCUUGGGAAGGUGGCGAGUAGUACAAGCCAAGAUCUAAAAUUUCCAGGAAAAAAAGAGGCUAUCCCGACAGAGCCUAGCCCAAAUGAAGACGUAAAACCCCAAGAAAUGAAAGAGCCUCUUGCCAUGGAGCCUAGCCCAAGUGAUGAUUUAAAACCCACAGAAACGAAAAAGGGUCUUGAGGCGGAGCCAAGCCCAAAUCAAGAUGUAAAACCCCCUGAGACCACAGGUAAUGUGGACCCUAUGCCUCCCCCUUCACACCCGGAUGACAUUUCAACUGAAAAAGAACGUGAAGAAAACCAGGACUACCCAAAACAAACUUUUGACAAUACCGUUCCAGCAACAGAAGAAGACGUAACUGAUAAAAUUCCACUGUGCACUGAUAAUAACUCUGAUCUAGGGUCAGAUACACCAAAACCGAUUCUUCUUCGAGAAAGUGGCUCUUUACACGAUAAAGAAGUUGUGGUUUUGGGCAAACAAUCAGACCAGAUGAGCAGAGAAGUUGGUGACAUGGGAACAGAAAUCAAAAGCCCUUCACUAUCAGACAUGAAAGAUGGUUUUCUCAAAUCUGAAACUAUUACUUGCAAUGAUGCCAGACCUGACAUUUGUGGGGAGAAGCAUUUGCAAACUGGUAUUGAAGACAUACUGAUUUCUGAGCUAAAAAUAGAACAUGAAUCUGAAGGAACGCCAAAUAUUCUCAGUAAAGAUGAAGAACCCCACAUUGAGCAAUCAAAUCUGAAAGAACAAACAGUAGAUGCGGAAAAGCCAACCAGUGAAUCGCCUGGCGUUCCUGGCAAUGAGGGUGGUUUCGAGGUAGAGGAAGCAACUGUCGUCAAAGCAGAGGAACCUACCACAGAACCAAUGUCUUUGCUCGCACCUUUACCAAUGUCAGCGACUGCAACAGAACCAAUUCAGGCAGAAUCUUCAGCACAACUGCCAUCUGUACCAGACCAACCCCUUGAUAGUUCUCUUCCAGCGGUUUUGACAAUAGCUGAGGAUAAAAGUCCUGGAAGAAAUCCCCCAGAAAUUAUGCCGUCAGACACAGUGCAUAUUAAGUCUCCACCGUUGGGUCCUAAUUUGCCUCCACCACAGCCCAUACCCAGAUCUUUCUCAGGUAGACCACCUGUCCCACAAGGACAAAGAAUAGCAGCAUCAAGACCGGGAGGCCCGCCACAGAUGGGGGCACCGAGAAUGCCUGGGCCCAGACCACCAGGGCCUUCGAAACCGUCUGAGCCAACUUCGUUUUCGGGCUUCAUGUCUAUGUUCUCCAACAGACCUAGCACACCAAGUAAACAAGCAACUGUUGGUGGAUUCUUUUCAAGGUCACCAGCUUCUCUCUUCGAGUCAUCUGCUCCUCGUCAAGACCAAAAAACACAACCACCACCACAAAAAAACUCAUUUUUUAGCCUUCCAACCAGCAUUGCCCCCGAAUCCCUUACAGGAGACAUUCUCAGUAUGUUCAAGGGUCCGGAAGCAACCAAAUCUGAGGAACCACAGCCUACAUCGGAGACGAGAGAAGAACCUGUGAAGAUCACAGAGGACUCCAUCCCUGAAAAGGGUUCAGUAGAGGAAGCAGAACAUGCAGAUAAGAAAGAUGGCAAGGAAUGUCCUAUCCCUGAACAAGACAUGGAAGUAUCAUCAAAAAAUUUAGAGGAUGAGGAACACUCUGAGGUCUCUGACAAAGCAAUGCCACUUCCUCCUCCUGCAACCCAAGACCCUGCAUCUGACACCAAAACCACCUUUGAAAUGCCAAACCUUUCUUCACCUAAAUUUAGCCUUUUAUCCGUUGCUACUGAGGGAACAUCAUCAAUCGGAUCCUUGUUCUUGACAUAUCCAACUGUGGAUGCAAAACAUUCUCAGCCCCCUCAGACAGACGGGGGUCUCUUCUCUGGAUUUAAAAGUUUCUCAGUGGGCAUUUUCCAGGAUGAGAAGCAACCGGGAAAGGAAGAACCAUCAUCGGUGUUUGGCGCGAAACUUGGUUCGAUUUUCGGAACUUCGGAUUCUCCCAAGUCUACUGUUGUUAUCACUGCUCAACCGCAGCCCCAAAGCCCGAAACCCACCGACAUAGUGGACAAACUCUCCCAAUGCUCGGGAGACACAGAGAGCGACACGGAAGGGCCUAGUGGGACUUCCAAAACCGGAAGCUGUGACAGCCUUGCGGAGUCACCGCAGACAAGAUUCGCUUCCGAGUCGGUGUCCUUGGCAGAAUGUUCGGAUGAACCCCAGGUACGAGCGGUUCCAUGUGAGGAAGAUGGCGACGUUGCAACACCGCUGAACACUGAGCCGCCGAAGAACCUCCUGACGCAUAAAACUGCUCCAAGUGUGACUCCGAGCAGUCGCUUGGACUCUUCGGACAACGUCAGCCGGAGCAGCUCCCAGCUCAGCUCCGAACUCGAGUCGGGCCCUCAGCCAGGGGGGUGCCUGGACCCCCCUCUCCAGGGCACCCAAGAUCCCACGUGGGAGCAGGACAAGGCGGAGAGUCUCGCCCCGGACACCGACCUUGACUUGCGGGACACCUCCGUCCUGCCAUCCAAACCCGUCUGGGACAGUGACGCUAACAAGACCACGACCGACAUCUGGUUGUCGCCGGACGAUCCUCCUCGGUGUUCUCCUUCAAGGAUCCACUGGCUCAAAUCAUACUUCAGAGUGAGGGCCAAUCUCCUCCUGAGCCAAGAUGGCGACCCCGGCAGGCAGUCGUGGGCCAAACCAGGGGAAAACGCACCGUUUGGCAUCGACAGCACGCCGGACCUCCAAAAGCGGAGGCCCAUUCCCCUCGUUAGUGAAGUGACCAUGAUCCAGUCCAGGAAAGCUGGGCUGUGCCACACGUUGGCGACGCGGACCUCCCUCAAUGACCAAGAGCUUAAGUGCCACGUGUACAAGAAAACGCUUCAGGCUCUCAUCUACCCCAUCUCCUGCACCACGCCGCACAACUUUGAGGUGUGGACCGCCACCACGCCCACCUACUGCUACGAGUGCGAAGGGCUGCUGUGGGGCAUCGCCCGGCAGGGCAUGCGCUGCGCUGAGUGCGGCGUCAAAGUCCACGAGAAGUGCCAGGAGCUGCUCAACGCCGACUGCCUGCAGCGAGCCGCCGAGAAGAGCUCCAAGACGGGAGCGGAGGACCGAACGCAGCACAUCAUCAUGGCCAUGAAGGACAGGAUGAAGAUACGCGAGAGGAACAAGCCGGAGAUCUUUGAGGAGAUCCGCCGAGUGUUCAACAUGUCCAGGACGCUCCACGGCCAGCACAUGAAGAACAUCAAGCAGAACAUCCUCGACGGGACCUCCAAGUGGUCGGCCAAGAUCACCAUCAACGUUGUGAGCGCGCAGGGUCUCCAGGCCAAAGACCGGACCGGUUCCAGCGACCCGUACGUCACCAUCCAAGUGGGCAAGACCAAGAAGAGGACAAAAACCAUCUACGGCAACUUGAACCCGGUCUGGGAGGAGAAGUUCCACUUUCAGUGCCACAACUCGUCGGAGCGCGUGAAACUGCGCGUGUGGGACGAGGACGACGACAUCAAGUCGCGGGUGAAGCAGCGGCUCAAGAGGGAGUCGGAUGACUUCCUGGGCCAGAGCAUCAUCGAGGUCCGAACGCUCAGCGGCGAGAUGGACGUCUGGUACCACCUGGAAAAGCGAACUGACAAGUCGGCGGUGUCGGGCGCCAUUCGCCUUCAGAUCAGCGUGGAGAUCGAAGGUGAGGAGAAGGUGGCCCCGUACCACGUGCAGUACACCUGUCUCCACGAGAACAUUUUCCACUUGGUGACGGACGUGGAGGGCGGCGGCGCCGUCAAGUUCCCGGCGGCUCAGGGCGACGACGCCUGGAAGGUUUACUUUGACGAGGUGCAGCAGGAAGUGGCGGAUGAGUUUGCCGCGAGAUACGGCGUUGAGCCCAUCUACCAGGCCAUGACCCACUUCUCAUGCCUGUCAUCCAAGUACAUGCUGUCGGGCGUGCCGUCCGUGAUGAGCACGCUGUUGGCUAACAUCAACGCCUUCUACGCGCACCCCAGCGCCACCACCACCAACGUCGCCGCGCCCGCCAGGUUCGCCGCCUCCAAUUUCGGGAGGGAUCGUUUUGUCAAGCUUUUGGACCAGCUGCACAACUCGCUGAGGAUCGACCUCUCCGCGUACCGAAACAACUUUCCGGCCAGCUGCAAGCCGCGCCUGCAAGAUCUCAAGUCCACGGUGGACCUCCUCACCAGCAUCAACUUCUUCAGGAUGAAGGUCCUGGAGCUGCAGAGCCCGCCCCGGGCGUCUUCGGUGGUCCGCGAUUGCGUCAAGGCCUGCCUCAACUCCACCUAUGAGUACAUCUUCAACAACUGCCUGGAGCUCUUCCAACGCCAGUUCCAAAGCGCCGCCCCCGCCCCUGAGCCUGAAAAGAAGAAGAUGGAGGGGGAAGAUGAGGAGGAAGAAGAAGAAGAAGAAGAGGAGAAAGACGAGAAGAAAAAGGAGAGCCAGCCUCCGGAGGAACAAGGCCCGAGCAUCCAGAAUCUUGACUUCUGGCCCAAGCUCAUCACACUGAUCGUGUCCAUCAUCGAGGAGGACAAGAAUUCCUACACGCCCAUCAUCAACCAGUUUCCUCAGGAACUGAACGUGGGAAAAGUCAGCGCCGAGGUGAUGUGGACGCUCUUCGCUCAGGAUGUCAAGUAUGCUCUGGAGGUUUUGGCUAAAGGCGGCCGCUAUCGCGGGAGCGUAGCAACAGCUCCCGGCACCUUCCGCAUCCGCAGAAUAGACUUCCACGAUGAGCACGAUCGUCAUCGUCUGUGCAAGCCUUCCGAUUACAUGAAUCUUCACUUCAAGGUCAAGUGGCUCUACAACGAGUACGCCUCGGACCUCGCCGCCUUCGCCGACGCCGUUCCCGAGUAUCCUUCGUGGUUCCAGCCCUUCGUCCUGGCCUGGCUGGCCGAGAAUGAAGACGUUUCCAUGGAGUUUAUGCACGGGGCGCUGGAGAGGGACAAGAGGGAAGGAUUCCAAUCGACGUCGGAGCACGCGUUGUUCUCCUGCUCGGUGGUGGACAUUUUCACGCAGCUCAACCAAAGCUUCGGAAUCAUCCGCAAGCUGGACUGUCCCGACCCCGCCGUGCUGGCUCACUACAACAGACGAUUCGCUAAGACCAUCAGCAAAGUGCUGCUGCAGUACUGCGCCCUGCUGGCCAAAAACUUUCCAUCCUACUGCGCCAAGGAGAAGAUCCCGUGCGUGCUGAUGAACAACAUCCAGCACAUGAGAGUCCUUCUGGAGAGGAUGUUCGAGUCCAUGGGAGCAAAACAGUUGGACACGGAAGCGGCGGACAUCCUCAACGAGCUACAAAUGAAACUCAACGGCGUACUGGACGACUUCAGUGUUGCCUUUGCCAAGAGCUUGCAGCCGCGCAUCAACGCGUGCAUGCGUCACAUGUCGGAGCUGCUGUCCCAGAUGAAAGGCCCCCCCAACCCCGACACGGCCGAGGCGGAGGCCGACGCCAUGUUGAGGCCGCUCGUGGACUUCCUGGACUCCAAUCUGAGCGUGUUUGCGGACGUGUGUGAGAAGGCGGUCCUCAAGAAGAUCCUGAAGGACUUGUGGAAGGCGGUCCUGAGCGCUCUGGAGAAGAGCAUCGUGUUGCCGCAGAGUAACGACAGCUUGGGUGCGCAGAUCCUCACUGCCGCCAAAGGACUCUCCAACCUCAAAGGCAGCGCCGGCGGAAGCGGCGGCGAGGCCAAAACGCUGACGCCCAAGCAGUGCGCCGUGGUCGACGCGGGCCUGGAGAGUCUCAAGCAAUAUUUCCACGCCGGCGGCAACGGCUUGAAGAAAUCUUUUGUGGACAAAAGUCCCGAGUUGUCUUCCCUGCGUUACGCUUUGUCGCUUUACUCGCAGAGCACCGACGCCCUCAUCAGAACUUUUGUCAGCACGCAGCGGGAACAAGUGCACAGCGGCAUGGGCAUCAGAAUCACGGCCAAUGAGAAGGUUCGACCCGAUCGAGGUUCGGGAGUGGACAACCCGAUCGGCGAAGUCGUGCUGCAGGUGGACGUGGUCGCCAAGGAACGCAGAGUCGGCGUCAAAGUGAUCGGCGUCAACGACCUGCGCUGGCAGACGUCCGGAAUGUUCCGGCCCUUCGUGGAAGUUUUCCUGCUGGGGCCGGCGCUGGCCGACAAGAAGCGCAAGUUCACCACCAAGUCCAAGAACAACUGCUGGAGCGCCAAGUUCAACGAGAGCUUCCAAUUUGCGUUGGGCAAAGAAGGCGGCGAUUGCUGCGAGCUGCACGCCUCGGUCAAGGACUACUGCUUCGGGCGGGCCGACCGGGUGGUGGGCGUGGCCGUGCUGCAGCUGCGCGACCUGGCCGGGCGCCGCGCCUGCGUCUGCUGGUGCCCCCUGGCUCCCGCCGUUCACACCGACCAGACGGGCGCCACCGUCCUGCGCAUCCUGGCCCAGCGGACCAACGACGACGUGGCCAAGGAGUUCGUCAAGAUCAAGUCGGAGACGCGGCCCCCCGAGGAGGGCAGGUGAAGGAGGAGCCUUUCCCAACGGGGUCCGCCGACCGCCGGUA